AUGGCUGGGAAAAGACAACACUCGCCUUCCCCAGCCCCACCAGAAAUCUACUUUUCAGCUCCAAUCCAUGAGCAGACGUCGUCCUUUACGGCCGCCUUCUCUCCCUCUCUCAGCGCAAAAGCCCUCCAAGCGCUGCCCGAGUUCCGCAGCGCAACGCACAGGAUCGCGGCAUGGCGCAGGCCCUCGCGGCAAAUGUCACUGAUGCCCGCGUCGCGCACCCUGUACGACACGGGGCAUGACGACGACGGUGAGAAAUGGGCCGGAACACGGCUCAGUAAUGUACUGCGCGACACAUCGACUUGCGGGACCGUGGUAGUUGGGCGCUGGUACGGCGGCCAAAACAUAGGUCCUAUUCGCUUCACGCAUAUUGAAUCGAGUGCCAAGGAGGCGAUUCGCAAGGCCAAAGCCGCAAGCGCUUCGUCCUCUGACAUGCAAGCAAAAGUACAAGAGGAGGAAGAGCAAGAAGAGGCUAAGCGCAAAGAGCUCAUUAACAAUUUGCAAGAAAGAGAUUACAACAUCUUUGCGUUGCGCAAGCUGCUGAGCGAGAAAAAGGCAAGGUUGCAAAGCGAGGGGCGGGUGGAGCUGCCGACGCUUCAAAAGCUAAUGGAUUAUGAUCGCAUGAGUAUGGAGGCAUUGGGAAGGGUGGACAAGGCACGGGAUGCAACGAUUACGUUUAUACUGAAGCAGAUUGACAAGACAGAUGAGGAGGCAAAGCUUGCGGAGACAUUGGAUGGGGGU